AUGUACACCAAGCUGCGGGGCGAGCCUCACUCUGCCCGCUCGCCGUCCGUCUCGAUCGCUCUCCCUGGAGGAGGAGGAGGAGGAGGAUCGGGCGCAGCGUACUCGCCGCCGCGCUCGCCCACGCCAGUCUCGUUCGCAGACAGUCUCGCGACACUCCCACCCCGAGCAAAGCGCCUCCUCGCACUCGUCGUCGCCUUCGUCGUCGUCUUCGGCGCACCCCUCGUGCUGCGCGGCGGGAUCAGCGAGGACGUCGGCAGCGAGUACGAGAGUCCGUUCGGGACGUUUGGGGGGCUCGACGAGCGAGUAACGGCGCAGAGACCGCCUCGACGGACUGCGAACGACGGCACACCCCGAGCGGGCGCCUUCAAACCGCUCGCCGGCGCAUCCUCCAACAACCCCUCCGUCUCGCUCUCGUCCUUCCUCGAUUCCCAUUUCGGGCCGCCAGAUCUACCGCCACGAGAACAACCUCAUGUCUGGCUCACGAUGGCCGACGCGACUUGGGCGCGGACAGGGACGGCCGCACUGCACACUUUCGUCGAAAGGCUCAACGUCGAGCGGAGAGCGCGGUACGGGCGGAGAAAGGACGGCGUACGGGAUACGAAGCUGGUCGUGAUGUGUUUGGACGAAGAGUGCGUCGAGACGGUGGCCAAGUACAAGGAUGCGUACGGGCGGGGUACGGGAGGAGGGUAUGCGUACGCGGGAUUCAUGCACAACAGGCCUGAGCAGAUCUUCGCCUCGACAUGGCCGAAACUAGCCGCUUUCGUCGAAGUGCUCCCUCAUCGAGACCUCUUCUUCGUCGACUCGGACGUGGCCUUCCGCUACGACCCCUACCCUCACAUGGAGCCUCUCAUGGAGACCUACGACAUCGUCGCGCAAGAAAACGACUCGUGGGAUCACUUCAACACAGGCUGGAUGUGGAUCCGGAGCUCGCAGACUGCGGCGGAUGCCUGGAACGAGGUGUUGCAGAUGGAUAUGAAGCAGACGUCGCGGGAUCAGAACAACUUUAACGAGGUUCUCGGCACAGCCCUCCUGCGCCAACACCGCGACGGCGGCGACCCGCUCCGCAAGCCCCUCUUGUCAGACUUCACAGCCAAGAACGGCUUGAAGGUGCACGUCCUCGACGACAACGUCUUCCGAAGCCAUCACUUUGAGAUUGAUAGGCCGUACGCGGGGAGGGAUCGGUCGGUGUAUGUUCAUAUGACUUGCGGAGACGCUACCCUUACGAAGGCAUUUGUUGCCAAGGCCCAGGGCUUCUGGGGAGACGUCGACGGCUACUAUACCCAGCCUCCGCCGCUCCUUGCCGUCGACCAUCUCUCGGGCACGACCGAGGACGUCGAGCAACUCAUGAAGAUCCUCCUUACCGCUGCCCACUACUCCAACCGCACGCUCCUCCCUCCCUCUCACGCAACAUUCCUCGACAUCCCCUCCACCACAUCCUCCUCCUCUGCGCACUCAACACGCCAAAUUUUCUCGUCCUUCCCAGUCCCUCACAUCGCUGAAGCACUCGGAGUGGGAAUCGUUGAGCCGAGAUAUCCGACGUUGGCGGCGAGGGAGUUGGCGGGUGGGAGUGUGCUUGGACGAGAGGCGGGGCUGAGAGCGGAUGCGGGGAGGGUGGAGAAGGACGGUGGGAAGGGCAAGGCGGAGAAGAUUGUCAGGCUGGGAGAGGUGGUCGAGUUAGACAUGCGCCACACCCCAACCCUCAGCUCUCUCCUCUCGCUCCUCUCCCAACCCUCCUUCUCCCCCUCCUCCGCCCCAACCCUCAAACUCAUAAACUUCGACUGGCCCGACUCUCAACACUGGCGACUCUGGCGUCUCCCCCGCACGCUGGAACACAUCACGACCUGCCAAUUGCUCGAAGAGUUACCCGCUUGUGAUGCGAUUUGUCGUGGAUCGAGGGAGGGAGUGAAGGUUGAGGAGGGGUGGCCUUCGGUUGAGGAGGCGUCGGCGUUGGGCGAGGAGGAGGCGUACGAGGAGGAGGGAGCGGAACGGUAG